AGCAAUGGCCCCAAACAAUAGUUUCAUCUCUAUUGCGGCCAUUGGAUUGCUUCUUAGCUUCUUCAACGCAGAUGUGGAAUCCAUUGGCGUGUGCUAUGGAAGACUGGGGAAUAAUCUCCCUCCACCAAAUGAAGUCGUCAGUCUCUACAUAUCAAAUAAUAUAGGAGGGAUUCGACUCUACGAUUACAAUCAAGAUGUCUUCCAAGCCCUCAAAGGCACAAACAUCACCGUCAUCGUCGACAUCCCCGAUCCCUCGGCUUUCUCGUAUGAUCCCUCAGCCGCUUAUUCAUGGGUUCAGAACAACAUUCAAGCCUUCCAAGACGUUAACUUUCGUUACAUAGCGGUUGGUAACGAGCUCAUCCCAGGCUCUGCAGCGCAAAACAUCCUCCCUGCAAUGCAGAAUCUGCAUAACGCCUUGCAGUCCGUCGGACUUCAUGAUGUGAUCAAAGUGUCGACGUCGGUCUCCACCGGCGUCUUUGGCAACUCAUACCCUCCCUCGAAGGGCUCCUUCUCCUCAGACGCCCUGGUCAGUCUCCAACCAAUCAUUAACUUCCUUGCUGCCAAUGGUGCCCCACUCCUCGUCAAUGCAUACCCAUACUACAGCUACCUCGGUGACACAGAACAUAUCUCCCUUGACUACGCGCUUUUCACUUCACCCGGAACGGUGUUUUUUGACGGGCAACUGCAGUAUCAAAAUUUGUUUGAUGCGAUCAUCGACGCAAUCUACACGGCGCUUGAGAAGGUGGGAGGCCACAACGUGACCGUUGUCGUGUCGGAGAGUGGUUGGCCAUCGGACGGGGGGGUUACUGUGGCCACCCAACAGAAUGCGCAGACCUAUAUUUCCAACUUGAUACAACAUGUUGGGCGGGGAACCCCCAAAAGACCAGGAAAUUAUAUUGACACGUAUUUAUUUGCUAUGUUUGAUGAGAACCUCAAACAACCACAAGGGACUGAAAAUCAUUUUGGGCUAUUCAGUCCUGGCAAACAACCCAAAUAUUCUCUUAGCUUUUAA